UAUAUAGAUACAACUGUACAUCAUACUAUGUGACAUACAUGAUGUCAGAUUCUGGAGAUAGUUGCGCAAUGUCUGACACUGGUGAAAGCAGAAUUACCUCAGAAGCUGAAGACAGUAGUGCUCUUUCAGACUGGUCAAUGGUUGACAGCCAUGGGGAAUUGCCAGAUGAUGAAACUGCAAGUACAAGCAGCUCUGUUGAGGUUGUAGAUGAGGGAAAUGAUGAAACCAAUGUUGAAGCUGUAACUCCUAUAGCUGGCAGUCCAAACGUCAUUACUCCCCGCUUCAUCCUCAGACUGACCAGUCAAAAUGAAGAUGGGUCUGACACAGAUGAAGACAAACAAGAAUCUGUCACAUGUUCAGGUCCCCAAGAGGAGGUUACCAAGGAUACCCCAGCUCAUGUAAAGGCAGGUCAAUCAUUUCAACAGAGUUCACCGGAAGCUCGUGUAUCCAGAGAGGAGAUUGAGGAACUUCGACAAACAAUUGACAAUCUCAAGAAAAAUUUGCUUCCGUCCCAAGCAGAGGACAAUUCUGUAUCCUCUAUUGAUCUCUUUGGAGACGGCAAAUCAGAUGAAAAUAAUGUGACAACAGACAAUCACCUGCCUCCUGAAAGAGAAAACAGUGGUUUCCAUGGCAACAAGAUAGAUGACAGUUUAUCUCAAGGUUCUUCUGUUAGCUCAAGCUAUAGUUUCUUGUCAAGGGAUACAGGUACAGCUUGUUUUUUACUUGGCGGUUCAUCUUGUUUAGUGGAUGGUACAGGGAACAAGACUGAUCUAGAUAGAGAGAUCACACCUGAGGUAGAUGAGAUGCUGGGUACCAGUGACCAGACCUGUACAAAUAACACACCAACAAAACAGGAAAACAUUGGUAGCCUAGUAUAUUGUGAUACCAUAGAAGCUGAUUCAGAACUUGCAACCAUCAACCCUGGACACCAAUCUGGAGGUGGAUUUUGGCAGUUUAUGUCGCAGUUUUUCGAGUAUCCUGUGAAGUAUAUAUUUCUAAUUGGACUGGUUGCCUAUGCUGGAGUUAUCAUUGUAACAGUCUACUCUAUACAUACACAAGGACAAGGUGAUUCUCAAGAGUUGGGAGUUUUACACCAAUGCCACAGUGAAAGGAAAGAAAUGCAAAUCAAAUUAGACACAUGUGAUAAAGAUGUUCUAGACAGCAAAGCCCUGAUCAAAAGUUCUGCUCAAAAACUGGAGGCUUUAAGAAAAGAAAACAGUGAAAUUUUAGAGCAGCUUGGUAACAAAGAAAAAGAAGUUAUGAAGUUACGUGACAAUGUAGAUGCCUUGGUUAAAGAGAAUGAGAGACUUACAGAAGCUGAUCGUGAUCAUCUGCAGGCACAGAGAGAUCUGCUUGGUGAAAUAGAAAUGCUCCAAAGUCAGGUUGAUCAGUCUACCUCUGAUUGCGCUAACACUAAACAGUCCCUCGACAAAUGUUUAAAAGAGGGGGAAGAAUUGAAGCAGCAGAAAAUUGACAUUGAAAGUAAUAAAUACAAUUCUGAUAUGGAGUUCUCAGCUGUUCAAAAACAAUGCCAGACUGAUACUGAUAAUUUGAGAAGUCAGUACCAGUUUGAAAUUGAUAAUAUUGGAAAACAGUACCAGUCUGAUCUAGAUCGUAUAAGAAAACAGCACCAAUCUGAUUUAGACCAGAUAAAGAAUGACUACCAGUCCAAUCUAGAUAGUUUAACUAUGCAUACAACAGCAAAGAACAAGUACACGCAGUCCCAGAAUACUGAGGAUGGAAAGUGUGACAAAAAUGGGAAUGAAUGUACAGAAUUUUGGGGAGGAAAUGUAGGAAGUUGA